AUGAGAGAAAUCCUGCACAUUCAAGGAGGUCAGUGCGGGAACCAGAUCGGGUCCAAGUUCUGGGAGGUCAUCUGCGACGAGCACGGCGUGGACCCGACCGGAAAGUUCAAGGGCGAUGAGUCGUCCGACACGCAGUUGGAGAGGAUCAAUGUCUACUUUAACGAGGCGUCCGGCGGGAGAUACGUGCCGCGGGCGGUGCUCAUGGAUCUGGAGCCAGGAACCAUGGACUCCAUCAGAUCCGGCCCGUACGGGCAGAUCUUCAGGCCCGACAACUUCGUGUUCGGGCAGUCCGGCGCUGGGAACAACUGGGCCAAGGGGCAUUACACGGAGGGCGCGGAGCUGAUCGACGCCGUGCUCGAUGUUGUCAGGAAGGAGGCCGAGAAUUGCGAUUGCUUGCAAGGAUUCCAGGUAUGCCACUCCCUAGGUGGAGGCACAGGCUCUGGCAUGGGCACCCUCUUAAUCUCAAAAAUCCGAGAAGAAUAUCCUGACCGAAUGAUGCUUACCUUUUCCGUUUUCCCUUCACCCAAAGUCUCGGAUACCGUUGUUGAGCCUUACAACGCCACACUCUCUGUCCACCAGCUGGUCGAGAAUGCUGACGAGUGCAUGGUCCUCGACAAUGAAGCUCUUUACGACAUCUGCUUCAGGACCCUCAAGCUCAGCACCCCAAGCUUUGGCGAUCUGAACCAUCUAAUCUCGGCAACAAUGAGCGGUGUCACGUGCUGCCUCCGUUUCCCGGGGCAACUCAACUCCGACCUCCGGAAGCUUGCCGUGAACCUCAUCCCUUUCCCCCGCCUCCAUUUUUUCAUGGUCGGUUUUGCCCCUCUCACGUCCCGCGGCUCCCAACACUACAUCUCCCUCACCGUCCCCGAGCUGACUCAGCAGAUGUGGGAUGCCAAGAACAUGAUGUGCGCAGCCGACCCGCGGCACGGCCGCUAUCUAACAGCCUCUGCCAUGUUCCGAGGCAAGAUGAGCACGAAAGAAGUUGACGAGCAGAUGCUGAACGUCCAGAACAAGAACUCGUCAUACUUUGUGGAGUGGAUACCGAACAACGUGAAGUCGAGCGUUUGUGACGUGGCGCCCACGGGACUUCGGAUGGCUUCAACGUUCGUGGGGAACUCGACUUCCAUACAGGAGAUGUUCAGGAGGGUGAGUGAACAGUUCACCGCAAUGUUCAGGAGGAAGGCUUUCUUGCACUGGUAUACUGGGGAAGGGAUGGACGAGAUGGAGUUUACGGAGGCUGAGAGUAAUAUGAAUGAUUUGGUGGCCGAGUAUCAGCAGUAUCAGGAUGCGACUGCUGAUGAUGAGGAUGAGUAUGAGCGUGAGGAGGAGGAGGAGGAGGAAGGUGUAUAUGAUGAUUAUGUGAGUUUGUUUGUUACUUUGUGGUGCACUUCUUUUAUAUGUAGUAGUUGUGGUGUUGUGUAUUUGGGAUUCCUUUUGCUCCUUUGGGAGUUUUGGCGAAAUCGUUUCGAUAUUCAACUGGCAAUGAACAGGGUGUGUCUGGUUUGCUUUCUUUUGAUCGUUAACAAUAUGGAUGGCCCCAUGGCUAAGGCGGCCGAAGUAAAGGCGACAUACGAGAGCCCCGAGGUCGCAAGAUCAACCCACUUAGAGGAAGAGAAGGCGACAAUAGUGGCGGAGAGAGAGCAGGCUAAGAAUGAGAAGGACCCCGCCUUCGAGAAGACUUUGGAGGUCAACCAUGCGAUCAACAUCAGGCUUUUUAUAAUGCUAAUGUUAUUGGCAACUUAUUCUGAUUUCAAAGAGAAGAUGGAGGCAGGAAUGGAGAAGUUCAGGCUCGGACUCGUGCUGUCGCCCCUGGCAGGGAUUGUGGCGGUGAUAGUGAUGCUGCUGGGCCGCCGGAGGUUGUGGUGGCGGGCGACGGCGGCGGACGGCGGAGGCUGGCCGUGGGGGCUGGUGCUGGCCCUGCUACUGCUUGUCGUCAUGGGCAACCGAAUCCUUCUCGUCGAACUCGAGAAGACGUCGGGUGUGAUGGCCGGGAGCAGUGCACGUAGGUCGCGGGUCGCCGGUGGUCACGCGGUGGCAGACGGCGUCGGUGGGAGCGACUUCUUCCACGCCUUUUGUCCAAAUUAA